AUGGCUGAACACAACCCGAAACCAAUAUAUGAAGAUACUUCAACGCCUGACUUUAUCCCAGGUCUGGAUUUAGAUGAAGACAUCAUGCCGACUAGAGAGAUACUUCCACUUCCUCGUCAUUCCAUCCAGAUGCCGGAACCCCCUGCAGCGCCCCCGGAUAUGCCUCCAGACAUGCCUCCAGACAUGCCCCCUCCUCUCCCUCUAGAACCCCCACCCCCGCCACCAGACCAUGAUCCAGAUGACGAAGAAGAGGAUACUGAAGAUAAAAAGGGGAAAGGUAAAGGAGGAAAUCAGAAGCCUAAGCCUCCCCCUGAGAUUGUGCUUCAGGCUACGGACCCGGUCGGCAUGGUUAUCCUCCAGGCAUCCUUUAAGAAAAUACAACAGGCAAUGACGGUCCCUGCCCCGCCACUACCACCACUUCCAGGUAUCGGUAUUCCCUCCCAGGGUCCACCACCCAACCACAUGCAGAUGCCCCCCAUGACCAUGUCUGGUAAUAUGGGUGGGCUAGGACAAUAUGCUGCUCCCGAAAUGCACAUGCCUCCACCAGGACCCGGAAUGCCCCCACCCAGACCAAACUUGCCACCACCAGGGCCGGGCAUGCCACCUCCAGGACCUGGUAUGCCACCCUUGCGACCUAACCGAGGAAGACAUGGUAACAUGGGAGGGCCACCAAGGCAUCAGGACCGUCGACCACGCGGGGGACCAAGAGGAUCAUCACGACGACCUCCUCGGGGUCAUAGACCAAGGCACGGCAUCCCGAGUCUGUUUGACGUAGACACGGGUCCACCACAUGACUACAACCGCAGGUCUGGGACCUGGAGAGAAGAGGAGGAGACUCGUGGAGACUCACCGGAAUGGUCGCUAGAUCAAGACCUGCGACAGGCACAGGAUCAGGAUUUUAGAAGAAUACAGGAUCACGACGAGCGUGUGAUGCGACCAACAUCGUGGAAAGAAUUCAAGGAAAUGUCCAAUUCACCAGUGAUGGAGGAUGUGGACCACAGAUGGCCUGAUAAACAUGGUCGCAAACCCAGGGUACCUCUGGCCCUGCAAGAACAAUCCCAUUUGCCUCCUUUGCCUGCAUCUUCAGACAUUCUGGAGGAUAGCGAUAUGAGGACUUUUAUACACCCUCCCAAUGUGGAGGACAGAGACUACAGGGUGAAAGGAGAUAUGUCCUCUCCCCUGGUUCACACGGAGGACCAAGAUAUGAGGUUCCAGCCUCCAAACCUAAAAUACUCCAAGGAACAAUCAAAUUUAGAGCCAAGGGAUACAGACUUAAGUGAACCUAAACAAAAGAAAGCAAAAUUAAAAGAGGAAAGUACUAAUUCCCCAAGUCAGAUUUCCUCACCCAAUGCCCCUAUAUCCAAAUUAGUGCCCACAACAUCCGCUCAGUCGUCCCCAAGUCCUAUACCACCAACUGGUGACAAAUUGGAGGGACCAAAAACUUCACCUGCAGUUGUGUCCAUGGCGUCACCUCGUGGCCCCACACCCAUCAGGGGUCCACCAGGGCAUAUGGGUCCCCACCCGCCCCCGGAGAUGGUCAGACCAAGGCAUCCACCCCCACGGCCUCCGAGGAAUCAACCAGCACCCCCUGGUGUGGAUGACUGGGAAUAA